GAAGAACUAUGAGGAGGCAUUGGAGGAUGCCACCGUGGUGUGUUAUAGUGAUUACUACUUUUCAAAGGCACAUCGUGUAAGAGCUCAAAUACUUUCUGAAAUGGGAAUAAGUAAAGAAAUGUUGAAGGAGCUUCUCUACUGCCUUGCCAUCGAUCCUGAUCUUACCCCCGUGAAGAAAGAAGCAGAGAAGGUGUUGUAUGAGCUGUUUUUUGCGGACUCGGCAAGUGUGCAUCCCAGUCCAGCCCCUCCCUGUCAGCAGCAAUCACCAAGCAAUGGGCUGGCACAUAACAACCAUACCGAGGGUUCCCAGGCUUCGCAGGCACAAGACCAUAAUGCAGGGAUUUAUGGGGUUCAGUACAUGGAACUUACUGCGUCUGAGAGCAACAACUCAGCUGAAUCUUUUCUAAACAGUCUAACCUUCGAAAAAGAAGAUGACAGAGAAAUAGACAGUUUCCUUUACAUCAGACCCCCCUCCGCUGCUUUAAAGAGACAGUUUCCAAGAGGUUCAAAGAAAGUACCUCACCAGAACACCGUUGAGGAAACUCCCAAGAAGGAUGGAGGGUCCUUACCUCAAACCAGCAUGGACUCGGAAAUUGUGGAUUGCUUUUCAGUAGAUGUAACUGACCUUACGUGUCCACAUUGCAUGAGGUUGCUCUUCGAUCCCAUCGUUACAUCCUGCGGACACACGGUUUGCCUAAGGUGCCUUCUCUGCUACCUUGAUGAGGUUCCAUGUUGCCCACUGUGCAGAGAACCAGUUGCUGAUCUGUUGGAAAGCAGAAAGUUCAUUAAAACGAGACUGACUGAGGAGUUGCUGCAUCGUUACCUGCCAGAUGCAUGGUCCGAUAGGACGAGAAUUCAUGAGGAAGAAUUGGCGGCACUGCCGAAUGUGACCAGAAAAGUUCCCAUCUUCCUGGGGACCAUUGCCUUCCCUUCCAUCAUUCGUCCGAUCUACGUCAGCGAGUUUGAGUAUCAUGUUCUGAUUAAAAAAUGCCGGGAAGUUGGUGCCACUCGGUUUGCCAUGUGUUCGCCUCUUGAAAAUCCGGGGGUUGGAGCGUGUGGCACUUUGCUGGAGAUUAAGGAACGUAGAAUUGUAGCAGAUGGAAACCCAGUUGUAGAUACGAUUGGAAUUUUGCGGUUCAGAGUCUUAGGACAUCGUCACAAAAAUGGUCUUAACACUGCAGAUCUUGAGCAUCUUGAAGAUAAAAAGGUGGAGGGUCCAGAAUAUGCAGAACUUGUUGCUCUUAAUGAUGCAGUUUAUCAGCAGUCUGUUUCCUGGUUUGCUGCUCAGGAUGAUGAAACAAAAGAAGAGAUUAUCAAUUAUUUUGGGUCAAUGCCAGACAAGGAACCUGAGCCCCAGAGUAAUCCUUGUGGUCCCGCAUGGGCCUGGUGGGUCCUGCAAGUGUUGCCAGUCGAACAAAAAACUCAGCAGCUUAUCCUGUGCAUGACCUCGCUGAAGGACCGCCUGCUCGCCCUCCAAAGUGCACUGGUUGUAUGUGAGGAAACCAGACUGGAAGAACUGGGCAAGAUCAGCUAGAGAAGUCACGGAUUUUCUCUCUGAAGGCUGCCUGCCGCCCCUCUACUUUGUUGCCUUGGUUAGCAGGCAUCCCACCUGUCACAUGUUUUUUGAUAGCAUUACGAAAUGGAGUGUUGACUCGGACUCGAAAGUUAAGACUAAAUCUUGGGGAAUUUUGACCGUCUCACUAGUUUAGCCUGAAAUUUGAAGCCUUUGGUUGGAAAACAACAGAAGGACAUCUCUUCCGAGAUGAUGCUUCUGGCUUUCUGGUCACUUAAAAGCACUGACCUGAACAGCAGCCAUAGUUUGCAUGGGCUUCCUGUUUUUUGGGAAAGAACGUUUUUCACUGUAGAGGAUCCUGUUGUUCCAAAUGGAAACAGCAUUUUCUGGUGAGUCAGUGAAAGGGAAGCCACAUUUUUCAUCUGAACGCGUGCUUCUCAGAGCACAGCCUAAUAGGUUCUUAGUCUCCCUCACUGAGACGUUAUCUGCAAAGUUGAGAAAUCAAACCAUUGUCCAGUGCAGGACUGUUCUGUUCUGUUGCCCAAAAAGUCAUAGUUACUGAGUAGGAACUGUAUUUAGAAUCCUGUCGAGGUCUCGGGUGCUGUGAAGUUGCAUGUUAUUAUCCAAAUAAGUGUCCAAGUACAAAAAAGUGGGCCUUGGAUGAAGGAAUAGGGUAGUUAACUUGAAGGCAAAUAUUUGCACAUUGUACCAUGUGAGCAGACGUGAGUUAAUGCUAUAAAAUACCUGGGAUGACACACACAAGUCAUUCCAACACUCUUGAGUGAUUUCCUUGAUCCACUGAUACUAGACAUUUACAAGACACUAACUUUUUAUACCAGUAUUUGCAUUUGAAAUGAGACCCAUCAGUAAAUUUGAGCUUGUCAUUCUUAUAUGUGAAGAGGAGUAAACACUGCUGUGGAAUGGGACUCAUCUUUUCCCAGGAAAAUAAACCCCAAAAGGUGUACUAAGCGAAGGGUGACUGGUAUAAGCUAGAAAUAGAUUCAGCAGUCUGGUUCAACACCAACCUAAAAAUGGGUUUUUCUUUCUUAACAAGUUUUAUGACUAUCAGAACAAACUCUGGGUAUAAAUUCCAAUCUUUAAUGAGUAAUGUUCAUAAUCCGCUAGAUAGACUUUCCGCCUGAGGUUCCUGAACCAUUCUGACUGGCUUAGCCAGAAGGUCCUUGUGGUUGGAUUGUGGGUCUUGGAGAAGGAUGUUCUUAGCUCAAAAGAAGACAGUCAAGAAUGUUAACGUGUAUUUUAUCCCUUCACGGUGGAUGGUUUUUUAAUUUGUAAACGUAUUUCCUAGUACUACAUGUUGGCGGCUUGUCAGUCCAUUAAGUAUACUAGUGGGUGUUAUAAUCGCGUUACUCUUUGUCAGUUGUUUUUUCUAUAGCUCCAACUCCAUUGUGGGAGUUAGAAAACAAUCUAAUAAUCAUAAAGAGAAAAUGUGAAAGCAUUUCCUAAUCAAAAAAUGUCAAGUGCCUCACUUUGUCUGAAUCUCAGACCUCAUGUUUAGGAUGGCUUGAAAGCAGUAAAGUGAUUUCUGAAGGAUUGAAUGAUAGGAAACCCUGAUCCUCACAAAGAAGUUCAGACUGCCCUGAAGAUGCCAGAAGGCCUUUAUUAGAAGUGGCUUGUGGAAACUGAUAUGGGUUGGGAAAUUGUUUUUCCCCCUUACAUCUGUAUUCAGAUAGCUGGGAUCCCCAUUCCUCUUUGGGUGUCUGAUUAACCUCAGUGUGUCACAGCUCCUCCUCCAGCCUUCCUGGAGCUAUGUUGUUUCUGUGCUUGAAGUGCGAAGAAGAUUCCCUGUCUUGGGGCUUUCUGUGAACACUGAACUUUUUAAGUUCUUAGAACCAGAAGCACUCCCUUCCUGCUUCUAUCUACCUCUUCCUGCGUCUUCUCCUUUGGAAGCCUGUGACAGUAGCUGCCUCUGUUCUCUGCUGGUUUUUGUGUUUCGUGCAAAGGAAAUCUCUGUCCUGGUGGGACAGGGGAGUGAAUUGCUAGGCACUUUCUGAGCACUUUGAUCACAUUUUUCAGGAAACCACCAAACUGGUGAUAAGCCACAGUGUUUAGAAAGGAGAGCCUCCUUCUGACAUCCUUCAAGAAAAAAAAGGAACCCAGACACUGUUUGUUACAGAACCAGCUAACACAGAAGAGCCUCCUGUCUGGCUCUCGUUUCAGGGAAGUCAUUCCUAGGGCUAUCUCAGAAAUCCAUGCAGCCCCUCAUUCAGAGCCAGGGCAAGGUAGCUUCAUUUUACUGGAUGGAAGUGUUCUAACAUGAACACUUUAGUUACAUCAGAACAAGCACGGAAUCUAAUAAUAGUCGUGUGUUAGUGCUUUGUUAUAUCUCACAGCUGAUAGUAGUCUGUCGGUGUUUCUCUGUCGAUGCCCAAGUGGCUUGACCCAGAAUCCCAACCUGCCCAUGGCUGCAGCCAUGGACUGGCUCUGCAACCGUGACCAAGGGUGUUUGGCACAUGGGACUUUGAAACACCGCCUUAAGUGUGUCUGCCCUACUUUUCAGAAUUGAACAUCUGAGUACUGUCUGGAGUCCCCACAAGGAAGCAGACUGUCACAAUUAAGACCCAUCUUCAUGGUUACCAGGUGGUUCGCCAAAUCUCGCAGCGCUGUCCCACAGCGGGCUGUUUCUAGGACCACAAAAGUGCCCUCUGUCGGUACCACCCCCCCUCUGAAAAAGGGCAGAGACCCACCAAGACCAUUUAACUAAGUUGUGAACUCGGUUCCUAAGUAUGUCAGGCCUUGCUCACUCAUCUUUUGAUCCUCAGGAAAGUGUUAAACUUACAGAUUCAAAUCUUCCAUUUUUAUUUAGUGUAAUCAGCUCUGACUAACCUAAAGAACUCAUCUACCUAGCUGUGUUCCUUAGAACUCAAUAGGAUUCUUAACGUUGCCCUUGUAAGAAGUACUCCUCUGUUUUCCCUUUGUGUCUUCCCCCCCCCCGUAAAGUAUUUGGGUAACUACCACUCCUUAAAAUUAACCUGAGGAAAAAAGUGUGAAGGCUACAGGAGAAAAUAAGGGCAAGCUUGAAGAAAAUGUGGGGGUGUGGUUUAGAGACUCGGUUUUGUUUUGGCCACGGGGUACAGAUAGGGAGAACUCCGUCCUUGGUUGUCACCACCCCGUGUGAUCCUGUGAGCUGGCCCGGGAGAGCUCAUUCUGAGUCCUAGUCUGGGGGAAAAGGGUCUUUUCACCUAAAUGCUCUCCCUUUUAACUCAGCAGUCACAUCACAAUUUACCUGCUAACAAAUGUCACCAAAGUCCACCCAGACCUUUACAACAAGCUUAACAGUGAUUCUGCUCUUAGGAGACUCUGGGUGUUUGAAUACUGCCAUAGGAUAAGAGAACCAGGAAAUUAAAAUGCUACCAUUGCACUUGGCAGAAUUGGAUGUGAGCUCAUUUGAGCAGCAUCCAGAAAAAUUUGACUAGAUGUUUUUCGGCUAAGGUGCAUGUGUGGGGCAGCACUGUACCCCUCUGCUCAUGUGCAUGCUGCAGCUCAGCAGUGGGGCCACCUGUCCUCAGCAGAGGAGCGGCACUAUAGAGCCCAAUGAGCCCUGUGUGGCUCCUUUGGCUUUAGGCCAACUCCCUGCCCCCUUCAGCCAAGUAGAUGGCCAUGAGGCCUGAAUAAAAACAGAUUAGCACUAUGUUCACCUAAGUCAUGGUCUGGUUUGGCAAAUGAGGCUUUUUAAGGAAAAGUUGACAAGGAAAUGCCUGACCUUUUGCUGUUAGUGGGGGGUGGGGUGUUGUAAAACAUGGGGACCUUUGUGAUUCACCAUGCUGUUUUAACAAUUUUGUCAUGUAUACUGUUCUCAGUUGGAUCAGUGACUGACUGGAAGGAAAAGUGUAAUAGGUUUGAAAGCUGUACUAUCUGCCUAUUGUUUUCAAGUUAGUGGAGGUGGUAUUUCGCUGUUGAUGGGUGCCAUUCAAGAUUAUUGUGAUUUGGAGGGAGGUCAGUUUUUCUCCUUACAUGAUAAUUUGAGGCGUAGACUUGAAACAAACGGAUGUCGAAACCCUUAAAAGUCAAGCCUUUACUUGUUUGGAAAUAAGGCUGUGUUAUCUGUGUAAUUGUUCAUCUGGCCUUCUAUUUACUAAAUUCCAGUCAGGAUUCAGGAUGCAACAACAAUAGUUGGCAUUUCUAUUUGUUUGGGUGAGGGCACACUUAAAUGUUGCAAAGUUUAUUUCGUGUAUUGUACUACUGUUCAUUAUAAUUGGAAUUGUUAUCUAACUUUGUAUUUGGAAUAAAUAAAAUUUCUAA